UGAAGUCCGCAUAACGCCGAGUUAUUACAGGUAGUUUCCGCCUCAAGAUGCGAAUAACCUGCGGAAUUCACGCGACCCGCAACAUGUCCUCCGCGGGUUAAAUUACGUCACACCGAAAGCCUUCGAUGGAAACAGGCUGAAAGGACGUUUCAACACACAGUGGAAGGCAGAAGCCAGGGAACACGAGUACCAACGCGCGUGAGCCCGCGCGGCAGGGGGUCGGGCUCACAUGCGCGGUGGUGACGUCGCUGUGCUGGUGAAGCCGUUGCCGGUGCUCGGCACCUAGUCACCGGAGCCAAAUCGGUCCCGUGUCCGGUGUUAGCCACCGACAGUAGCCGGUGUAGAGUGGCCGCUUUAUGAUGCAGAGGUAGUCCGUGUUUGCGCGCAAUACGCCGCGGUUACCCACAGAGAGGCAGCGGACGGCGGGUAGCGAGUUAGCUACAUUUUAUGGUUUGUGCUAACCACGUCAUGUUUGAUCGUGCCCCGGUCCGGAUGCUUCAGUUUGCUCGCUUCUUCCCCGGGGCGGAAGUAACCGGCGGUUAGCGGCUAACCUAUGCUAGUAGCUAAGUUAGCAUAAGCUAACCUAUGAUUGUAGGCUAGCGGAUACCCUAUGCUAGUAGCUAAGUUAGCAUAAGCUAACCUAUGAUUGUAGGCUAGCGGAUACCCUAUGCUAGUAGCUAAGUUAGCAUAUGCUAACCUAUGCUAGUAGCAGAGUACGUCCACGCCCGCGGGCCGCCGGAGCGAUGCCCGUCCGACGGAGCUGAAGUGCCGCUCCGCAUGCCGAAGAUGACGGGCGGCCUGAGCCGGGUUUCUGUGCCUCUGUCAGCAGGAGGCGGGACAUGGAAGCCGAGGAAGCGCGAAACAAAGACCCGAGUGCACACGAACUGCUGGAUAGAAAGGUGCUCUGCAGGCGGAACGGGAGGAUCGGUGCAGUGAGAAGCUUCCACAGCCCGCUGAGGCCCCACAACGCUCUGCAGAUUCAGUCCUUCUCACUAUGUGCUGGCUCCUGUCCAAACCUGAUGAUGAGUAGGAGCGAGCACGCACACGAUGCCAGGCCCAUCCCCGUGGCCCUCACCCCCCAGCUCCUCCCCCGAGCACACCGGCCCCUCUGCAUGUCGGUCUCCUCCGACAGCAGUGGGCGCUUCAGAGCUCUGGAGACGCAGGAGUGGAAGAACAACCUCAAAGCUCAGAUGGAGCAGGCCCACAGUGUAGGCGCCGCCAGCAGCACCGGGUCUCUGGAGCGAGCGUCUCUGUUCUGCGCCUCAGCCUCCACAACGGCGUCCAGCUCCAGCCUGCCCAGCCCGGUGGAGAUCCUCAACAAGACCAAGUCCUCCAGCCGCUUCUCGCUCUUCUCCCCGCCGUGGAACAGCAGCUCCGAGUCGGACUCCAACCCGCCGUCCCGCUCAGGCUCCAAGAAGCUGCGUAACUACAGCCGGAGAGCGGCCACGGGGCCGGCGGGCGCCAGGGGCCCGGACACACCGGAGCCCAAACCCAGCGGCCACGAGCAUUUCCAGUACUCCGAACCAGUCAUCUCCAGGGUGACGGACUACAUCUAUGUCGGCAACCUGAACGCGGCCUACAACGGGCGCACUCUGUGCCGCAACAACAUCGACAGCAUCAUCGACAUGAGCAGCGUGCCGGGAGAACCGGGCCCCAGCCUCAGCCUCAUACCGUGCACCUGCUCCCGCGGCGCACGCCACAGCUGGUCCCGCCUUAAGGUGGACAUCGGGGACGUGCCGGACGCCCUGGGCGACGGCCCGUCCCUGAAGCAGCGCUGCUUCGAGGAUAUCAACGGGUGCAUCGACGCCUCCACCGAGAAGAGGAAGCGCGUCCUGGUGCACUGCCGAGACGGCUUCUCUCUGGCACCCACGUGCAUCAUCCAGUACCUGAUGGUGAAACAGAACAUGAGGCUGAUCGCCGCGUACGAGCUGCUGAGGGCCAAGUACCCGAUCAACAUCAGGGAGGGCCACCAGGACAUGCUGGUGAGCCUGGAGAGGGCGCUGCGGCCCGGAGGCAACACCGAGCCCGAGUGCUUCAAACAGGCCAUUUCACGCAAAGUGGCGUGGACCUGACCCAGCCCCGACACCCCCACCGACCCCCCUUCGUGGUGUUCAAUAUUUUCCUAAAGACAACGAGGGGGCGCUGCAGACUGGUAUAUCAACCAAAAUAUUAUUUUCCCCACUUGAGAGUUCAGUGGUUGUAAAAGUUCUGAAUUUGACGUGUUUCCUCUUCAGACCGUGUAAAUGUCGCCUGGCUGUGACCCCCCACACCCCCCCAACCCCCCGCCCUCGGAACAGAGACGCAAUAGACUUGCUGUAAUAUACACACAGCUCCUCGGUGUAAAGGUGUCGUCGUGUUGGCUGUUGAGUUGAUGUCGUUCUGCUUCAGUCCCGUCCUGUGGUGUUUUUAUAUCUCAGGAGGUUCUUGGGGAGGGGGGGGGGCGUUACUCGCUGGGCACCCACAUGCAUCCCGGUAGGGUUGUUUACCAUGACAGCGGCGGUCGUUAUUAAUAUCUAUAUGCUCAGAAUUUGGAAUUUAGCACCUUUUUGGGGGACGAAUAAUUAAGGAAAUGGCCUUGUUGCUGAUAUGAAGCGCAUUCAUCCGAUUGGAUAACAUGGAUAUCCUCAACAAAAUCCCUCAGUUGGGACAUUAGUACCUUCUUAAAGUGUGUACCUCAAAGAGCUGUCGUAUUGUUGGAUCGAUAACACCGACUGGAUUACAUCAUCGGUUGAUUGACCCAACCCCCCCCCCCCCCCCACCUGCUCUGCUGUGACGUUUUCCCGUCGGUGUCGUUGAUCUGAGGCCGAGCUGUCCUCUGUGAGGAUUGCGGUCGCCAUGGUUACAGCUGCGGUGCAUCCGGUGGUGCUCUGUGAGGCUGAACUUCUCUGGAUCAUCAGUGUUCUGACGUCGGCGGCACCGACCGGAGACUUGACCCUGCGAGGAUCUUUGCACUCCUCCCCGGGUUCGUCCGAAACUGCUGCCGUCAUUUAGUUUAAGAGCGUUUUGACCCCCGACUGAGGGACAAGCUCACACAGCCAGAGGUAAUGUGUUUUUACGUGGUCGAGUUUACAUCAUGUUCUUAAAAUGUCUAAAGUUUUUAUUCAUACUUCACGGUGACAUUUGAUAAGCCCGAAUCAUCAAUUUAACAUUGUGUGUAAAUCGGGACAUCAGCAGACUGCUUUCAUAAAUGACUUUAUAGAUGAAUUUAUACACUUUAUUGACCAAAUGCUGAAUCUGAACACAACUGCACAGGGAGGAAACUAAUCUGGCUUAAUAUUCUCUCUUUAUCCAAUUAGCUUUCUUACUUCUCAGCCAAGUUUAUAAUCUGAUAAAUCGUUUUAAUCGCACUGAUACCGACCCACUGCACGACCCCUAUAGCCACACAGCUAACUAGCUUGUGAGCUAGCGGUGCACACAUUCCACGUCACCUGGGGGCGGGGGGGGGUUCAGGUCCAACUGUAUUCUGAUUGAAACCUCGCGCCCCCUUUUAAAAGUUGAACUAUUUGUUUUUUUACAUUACAGGUCAUUUAGCUGACGCUUUUAUCCAAAGCGACUUGCAUUGCAUUUUUUAACCCAUGGCGUUUUACAUUGUUGCCCGGGGAGCAAUUCGGGGUUAACCACCAACCUUGCGGUUCCCAGUGCACCAUCCCUACCCAUGCGUCACGCGAGCCGAGUUCUAAUGCCAGACAGGCGACCGCUGCUAACUUUUGAUUUAAAGCACGAUCCAGAAUCUUUACUCCGCUGACGUCAGCGAUGAAACUCCAGUUAACUUCAGUUUAGUAGUUUCACUUUAAUUGCGAUUUAACGGUUUGUGUCUCAUUUAAUAAAUCUGAAGUAAACCGUAAAAACUGUUUUGACUCAGUAUUUAUUUGUAAUGUAUUCUUUAGCAACAUAGUUUUUUUCCCUCUAACAAUUUUAGGAUCCAAAUGUUAAAGUGUGAAAAACUUCUUCAUGCAAAUCCGCUGUUGAUCAUGCAACAUUGUUGAUUUUUGAUACAUUCAAACCGCUCUGAUUUAAUUUCGAUAUUGUUUUAGCAUCAGUGAUGUUGGUUGUACAGGACCUGUCUGACAUCCGUGACCUUUGACCCCCAGUGCCACGGUCAUGUGGAAGCUGGAAGUCGGUGACAUUUUGCACACUUUGUAUGACCAACUCCUCAAUAUGUUGUGAAAUGUUGAAUAUUUUUUCGAUGUUUUUUUAUUUUUGAGCUAAAAAAAGAAGGUAUGAAGCUGACCGACAAAGGGUCUUUGUUGUAAUCGUUUGUACCGGUGUGUGCGGCAGAGGAGGUAUUUCAUACCUUCGGUUCGUUGUAAAGUCCUUAAUCGAUCUGAAAAGGUUUCCUAACUCGUUCUCUCAGGUGAUUUCUCAGUGGCCCGGAAUGUUCUUAAUGAAUUAUGAUAUUCAGAAAUGUGAAGCGAUGUAUUUCUCAUGUCAUGUUUCUAAAAGUCUGAUAUAAUUUGUACUGUUAAAAUAUUAAAAGAAUAUGUAUUUAA